UGGGCGGUGCUGGUGGUGUGAACUCAAACAAACUAUACACGAACCGGUUCUACCCGGUACUCUAUUGGCUCGCUUAACCGCACGUCACGUCGACAGCAUCCCAUUCGCUAUAAUUUAAGGCAUCAAGUUUAGCUGGCAGACAUCGUUGAAGUGUUACUUACUCACAUUGCCACACUUACAAACACGUUAGUAUUAUUUGUGGCCGUAGAGAGCGGUCAUGGAGCACAUCAAGGAUGGAUGGUUUACGGAAUCAUGCGCGCUAUGGCCGGGGCAAGCGAUGAGCCUCCAAGUGGAAGAGGUCCUCUACCACAAGAAAUCCAAUUUUCAAGAUGUUAUGGUUUUCAAAAGUAAAACCUAUGGGAAUGUCUUAGUGCUGGAUGGAGUGAUCCAGUGCACAGAGAGAGAUGAGUUUGCCUAUCAAGAGAUGAUUGCCAACCUUCCCCUGUGCAGCCACCCUUGCCCCAAGAAGGUGCUGAUUAUCGGCGGUGGAGAUGGCGGAGUGCUACGGGAAGUGGUGAAGAAUCCGCUGGUGGAGUCUGUUGUUCUGUGUGAGAUAGAUGAGGAUGUCAUUAAUGCAUCGAAGAAAUUCCUCCCAGGGAUGGCCAAAGGGUUUUACAGUCCCAAGCUCACCCUCCACGUUGGAGACGGCUUUGAAUUCAUGAAGAAGAACCAGGAUGCCUUCGACAUCAUUAUAACCGAUUCCUCAGACCCCGUUGGACCUGCUGAGAGUUUGUUCAAAGAGUCUUACUAUCAACUGAUGAAGACGGCGUUGAGAAACGGUGGAAUUCUUUGUUCCCAGGGAGAGUGUCAAUGGCUCCAUUUAGAGCUGAUAAAGGAGAUGCGCACCUUCUGCAAGACCCUAUUCCCUGUGGUGGACUAUGCCUACAGCACCAUCCCAACCUAUCCCAGUGGCCAAAUUGGAUUCAUGCUCUGCAGUACAAAUCCUGAAACAAAUUUCCUGGAACCAAUGAGAGCACUGUCAAAAGAAGAAAUGGAAAAUAUGAACCUUAAAUAUUACAACCCUGAAAUUCACAAAGCAUCAUUCGUCCUGCCUGAGUUUGCGAAAAAGGUACUCAAUGAAGCAUGACCAGCAACAACAGACCACCAUGUUAAUCCUCUACCGGGCCUUCAGACCACAGCUGCUCUACGUCUUCAGCUCCUCAACACAGUUCAGCACCGCUGAAGAGAGUAGCCUCUUCAAGAUUUUAUGGGUAGGGGGGCAUCUAAUAAUCAGUGGGUGGGAACGUGCUGAGUUAUACAGUGAAAGUGUUAGUUCGUUCCAAUGUUUCCUUCCUUCCAGCUCUUGGUGUUUUUAUUUAUUUUACUGAUGUAUUUGGGUUUUUCAUUUUUAAUCUGUAAUUGUCCUAUCAGCAUUUCUGUGAAGAGCAAUUUCAUGGGCUGGGCUGAGUGGGAAGAGCAUUGCCGUCAAAUCUGACCUCACUCUGAAACUGUGUACAGUCUAUCGGACUCACUGUAUCAACACAUUAUGUAACUCAUUACAUACCACACAUGUACAUGUAAUAUUUUGCUGUACUUUUAUUUGUAAUGCUUUAAUUUCAGUUUGUGCUCAAGAGAAGUGCACAGUUGCCAUCUGUCAUGACGAAAUAUUCAGAAUACUAAUGUGUCCGCUACACAUGAACCCUAUAGUGCCUGAAAUUGGUUGUUUGUUGUUUGAAGAAAAGAAACUUGUUCUGUAUCUAUUAAAGUGUGCCAGGCACAUGUGGCCUAGAAGAAAGCUCAAGUGUCAAUAGUUGAGAAAAUUGUCCCUUUAAAAUAUCACCAACUUCAGAUGAAAUAAAUUUGCUCAGCUUUGACCGUACAUUUGAAAUGGAAGUCUUUAAUGUUACAGGGUUGAAACACAAAUUAAGCAAAAAGUUAAAUGUGGCUUUGCAAUGCAAGAAAUGUUUUUAAGAUUUUAAUUCAUUAUGCAAUUACUAACUUGCAGUAUUGGGUAUUGGCCACCAGUGGUCGUGCACUGUAGUAAGGCUGUAUGUUGAGUCGUUACGUGGUCGGACAUCUUUAGUUACAAAAAGUCCACAUGGUAUCUUUUGAAAAAUUGUAUCAUACCUGAGCAAUGAAUUUGUGAUUUUUUUUUUUUUUUAUAAGAACUGUAAUAAAUUGGUAACAGAAAAUGGUUAUUUGAGAUCUGCGUGCAUUACGCCACUGACUGGUUUACACAAGCAUAUACUUCUGUAUUUGCACAUUACAACUAAAUGCAACACAUGCAAUUAAUUUAGUCCUUGUUUCAAUUUUUGAUAUCUUUCAAAGGUGUGGUGCCUUUAAAAAAAAAAAAAAAAAA